AUGAGUACCGGUGAUUUUCUUACCAAAGGAAUUGGGUUGAUUCAAAAAGCCAUUGAUUUCGACACCGCAACGCAAUAUGAAGAAGCGUACACUGCAUAUUACAAUGGAUUGGAUUAUUUGAUGCUGGCUCUCAAAUAUGAGAAGAACCCUAAAUCCAAGGAUUUGAUACGUGCCAAGUUUACUGAGUAUUUAAACCGGGCAGAACAGUUAAAAGAACACUUGGGAUCGGAAGGAGAGAAGAAGAAAACCAAGAAAGAAACCGCUGCAAAGAAAAGCAGUGCGAAUUCGAAUAACGACGAUGAUACGGAUGAUAAAAAAUUGCGCGGUGCGUUGUCCGGAGCGAUUUUGACCCAAAAGCCAAAUGUGAGAUGGGAAGAUAUUGCAGGUUUGGAAGGUGCGAAAGAGGCUCUGAAAGAAGCUGUCAUUUUACCUGUGAAAUUCCCGCAUUUAUUUACUGGGAACCGGAAACCGACGUCGGGGAUUUUGUUGUACGGUCCCCCUGGUACUGGUAAAUCGUUUUUGGCCAAAGCUGUCGCUACUGAAGCGAAUUCCACGUUUUUUAGUAUAAGUUCCAGUGACUUGGUUUCCAAAUGGAUGGGUGAAUCUGAACGACUAGUGAAGCAAUUGUUUGCCAUGGCGCGUGAAAACAAACCUUCCAUCAUUUUCAUAGAUGAGGUAGACGCUUUGACUGGUCAAAGAGGCGAAGGUGAAAGCGAAGCGAGUAGAAGAAUCAAGACGGAAUUACUUGUGCAAAUGAAUGGUGUGGGUAAUGAUCCUACGGGUGUGUUAGUCCUGGGAGCAACAAACAUCCCAUGGCAACUUGACAGUGCUAUAAGGCGACGUUUUGAAAAAAGAAUUUACAUACCUUUGCCAGAUCUUGCGGCGCGUACCAGAAUGUUUGAACUUAACAUUGGUGACACUCCAUGCGCUGUAAAUAAGGAGGAUUUCAAGACUUUGGGACAACUCACCGACGGUUACUCGGGAAGCGAUAUCGCCGUAGUGGUCAAAGACGCUCUCAUGCAACCUAUCCGUAAAAUCCAAAGUGCCACCCACUUCAAAAACGUUUCCGAAGACCCCAAUUGUCGCAAAUUAAUUCCUUGUUCACCGGGGGACGAAGGUGCACAAGAGAUGAGUUGGACUGAUAUCGAAACAGACGAAUUACAAGAACCUGACCUAACCAUUAAAGAUUUCAUGAAAGCUAUCAAAACCUCAAGACCAACGGUCAAUGAAGAAGAUUUAAAUAAACAGUUACAAUUCACGAACGAUUUUGGUCAAGAGGGUAACUAA